CUCUUCCUUGUAUCCAUCUCGUCGACGCCACUGCUACAGCCGCUGCAUCGCACACGUUAAAUAUCAAUCACACACUGUGAACCCCGAUUGCAUCGCCUCAGUCUCAACGCUACCACCACCUUUUCCCUUUCCUUGACAACCUUUACAUGACAUCGACGACGACCUAAGGUCAAUCACACACACAUACACACUCUUACUCUCCUUCCCCCCUCCCUCUCCCUCUCCACUGCACCCGCGUGUACAUACGUCCUUCUCCACACAAAGCCCACGCAAAAGGGCAUCCCAGCAGCCCGCCGCAACGAUCUGUGCAUCCUUCCUUGACCCCUUGCUCGCCUCCUCGCCUCUCCUCGCCUCCUCGCAACACCCAAGCUCAACAUCCCGGAACGCCCGCCGCCGCAUCAUCAUCAUCAUCGCACCACUCGACGACAGACUCAAACCUGCGCAAGCCAACGGCACAGCCGUUGUGCAUCACACUCUCCACCACCACAACAACAACACGCCAUGUCGUCGUCAAUAUCGGAAACCGUAACAGACGCCGUGGCUUCGGCAACGUCCUCGGUCGCCGCCGCGUCCUCGUCGGCAGGACACAACCUGGUAAACACAGACAAUCCCAAGUUUAAGAUUGUCGGCAUCUGUCUCGCCGUCGGCAGUGGUCUCUUCAUCGGCUCGAGCUUUGUCGUCAAGAAGAAGGGCCUCCUCAGCUCGACCGAGAAGACAGGCAACGAGGCAGGGGAGGGCCACGCCUACCUCAAGAGCCCACUAUGGUGGACUGGUAUGACCAUGAUGAUUGUUGGCGAGAUCCUCAACUUUGUCGCAUAUGCCUUCACCGUAGCCAUCUUGGUCACGCCGCUCGGUUCCAUCUCGGUCGUCGUCGCCGCUGUCCUCUCGCACUUCUUUCUCAGGGAAACUCUGACCUUCUUUGGCUGGAUUGGCUGCACGCUCUGCAUUCUGGGGUCUGUCAUCCUCGCAGUGAAUGCGCCAGCGGAAGGGACAGUUCGAACCAUCAACGAGUUCAAGCACCUGUUCAUCGCACCCGGCUUCCUCGUGUGGGCAGGCCUCUGCAUCGUCGGCUCGGUCUUUGUCGUCCUUUGGGUCGCUCCACGAUGGGGCAAGAAGAACAUGAUGCCUUACAUCUCAGUCUGCUCAUUGAUCGGUGGCAUCAGUGUGUCGUGCACUCAAGGCCUCGGCGCGGCCAUCAUCACUAGUAUCCAGGGCGAGAGCCAGGUCAAGAACUGGUUCUUCUGGUUCCUCUGGGUGUUUGUGACGGUGACAUUGCUGGUCGAAAUCAACUACCUCAACAAAGCCCUUGAGCUCUUCAACACGUCCAUGGUUGUCCCAGUCUACUUCUGCUACUUCACUUCCGCCACCAUGGUCACGUCAUUCAUCCUCUACAAAGGCCUCAAGGCACCUGCCACGACGUUGGUCACCAUGGUGCUCGGCUUCCUGGUUACCUGCUUCGGCAUUACGCUCCUGCAAAUGUCCAAGGUCGACCCCAAGCAGCUGCAGCAUCUCGACCGCCGCUCGACCCUCCUCUUGGCUGCCGCACGCCACGGCACCGAGGACCAGGAGAAGGGCCGCGUUACUGCCAUGGAGGACCCGGGCAUGGACGCGCUCCGAUCGGGCUUUGGCGCUGUCGGCUCCGUUAUCCGUGCGCGCAGUAUUUCGCGGCGUAUGAGCACGGCGAGCUCUGCCAACGGUGGCUACCCCUUCGGGCAGGGCGGUGGCCACUUGAAUACGCAUGGCCUCGGCGCCCUGCAACGUUACCAGCUUUCGGACAGACCCAUGCCAGACGACGAAUUGGAGGCGAUUCCGUUAAGCCCCACCGGAGCGGCAGGCGGUCAAGGCUUUGAGCCACAACUGCGCGGACCUCGAUCGCAGCGCUCGGGCAGCACACUCAAGUUCAAGGACACGGACAUGGUGCACAAGUAUGGCUACACGCGCCACGACGGGCACACGGACGCGACACACGAGACCCGUGCGCACUCGGACGACCCAAGGGGGACGCCAUCAGGUGGCAAGCGCCAGUUUUCCGGGUCGUCCCAUGGCGGCGCAGAGUCUGGCCACUUGGAGCAAAUCCUCGAGCCCCACGACGGUCGCUUUAGGACGUCGCCAGAGCCGGAAAAGCGGCCCGUCACCGACUACCUCGACCCGUACUACACGGGUGCCGUGUCGACGCCGCCCGACUCGCCCACGUCUCGAGACCGCGGCAAGCUGGCCAACCUGUUCUUCCGCGAAAAGUCGCCCAAGCCCGAGCAGCAGCAGGUGCGUGGUGGCUCGCACCGCGGUGUGCGAGACUACCCGCACUUGGGAAAGGGCGAGGAGGCGACUGAGAAGGAGGAGCGUGCCGCAUUAGUCGGCGGCAGCGACGAAGACCGGAGUGACGACCACGGGUUGGAUGGUGUGGACCUCGGAGACAUGGGCAUGAACGCGCCCGCCGUGCCGUCUAAGCCGGCUGGACGGAGACCCAUGGGCCCGAGGUAGUAGGGGAGGGGUGGACCUUGAUAAUGGUGGUGACUGCUUGCUUGAUUGAUGUGUCUGGAACAAUCGGAUCAGCAUAGAUGUGUUGUAUGCACACGAUAGACAAUGUGUGACGAGACGUCAAUGAAGG